AGUUUUUUUGCUGAAUAUGAUAGUUGCCGUCACCAGUAGGCAAGUGUGUUAGCCAGCAAAUAAUUAACGUUAGCUAAUGUGAGUGAAUAAACAAAAGCUACACAAACACAACUAAUCGGAGAACAGAAAAGUAACACAACCAAGCAAACGAUUUAAGGAGGGUUGAUUUCAUAUUUCUCGUCAGUGAACACUGGUGGUGGAGUAGCCUAACGUUUGCGGAGGAACCGCCCAACGCUGGUGUAACGUGAUUCUCCACGUUGCCCCUUUCGUCUGCUCUCGGUAGACUCCGCUUGCUCAUUCGCACUGCAGACUUUAUUGCAGCUAACUGUUUCAGACUGUCGCACUACCUAGGGUGGACUCGGAUCAAAGUACACGGCUAAUACGUCUCAUCUAACAGCUGGGCCUGGUUGAGACUCGUUUUUAAUCUACUAGUAGUUGUCCAGACUACAUUUUAGUUACAUUUUGCAACGUGGUGGACAUCUAACGGACUUCGAGACUAUGAGGAGAUUUUCGGCAUGGGCUGUGUUCGCACUGUUGUCUCUGCUCACACUGAAAGUGCGAUGUGAGGAUGGCUUUGAUCUGGCCGACGCACUGGGAGAUGAUGAUGAUGAGCCAGCAGCACCCACAGUGAAGCCCCCAAGUGUACCAGCAGGAGGAGACGAACUGGACCUCUCUGAUGCCAUGGAUUUUGGCACUCCCACGAAAAAACCAGUGCCGCCUGCUCCUGCCCCGACCAAAGCAGCAGUCAAGCCCAAGCCCAAACCAGAGGAGACCGGCUCCGACUUCUUUGGGGCCACAGUUCGGCCCGGCCUGCUGCCUCGCACCACUCCCAGGGUGACCCGAACCACCAGCCCGCCCCACGUUUCCAAGCCUGGGCCUGAUGACUUCGAUCUGGGCGAUGCUCUGGACCCCAACAAUGACAUCGGAGGAAAGGGCAAGGGAGGGAAAGGAGAGAAAGGGUAUGACGGAGAGGGCAGGGGCGACGGCCAGCCCAAUAACAGAGGAGGCACCGGUGGUGGCUCGUUCACUGACGAUGACCUUACUGACCUUGGUGACUACAAACCUGAGAAAGGCAGUGGCAAAGGAGGUCACGGGGGUGGAGCUGGAACUACUGACCUUGAUAACGACGACUAUGAUGGCACCAUGGCAGAGACGGGCACGAUCGCAGGCAUCGUCAGUGCUGUGGCCAUGGCCCUGGUCGGCGCAGUCACCAGCUACAUAUCCUACCAGAAGAAGAAGUUCUGCUUCUCCAUACAGCAGAGCUUGAAUACUGACAUGGUGAAGGCAGAAAAUCCAGAUGCUGUUGUGGCUCAGGAGCCCCAAGUUCAACAGACUCUUCUUCAGCCCCCCAACGCAGAGCCUCCUGCAGAGGAGAAUGCGGUCUAAACUGCAGUACCAGCUUCCACCACAGGGGGGCACCAACGUGCACCUCUCAAUGGCGAUACACACUUAUCGCCAAAUGAAAACAAACAUGCACCCCCCACCCAAGAAAUACCAUCCGGACCCUGUCUCAUCUACCCAAACGUUAUGUAUAUACACCUUAAUUUAUUUUACCCUUUAACUUUUAACACCACUAACUAUGCCUGUUUACAAUGUUAUUGAACUAAUGUAGGAAAAAUCACCAGAAAGACAAUGGAGAUAAGGAUGAUUUUAAAGUUUCAUUUGAAGAGAUGAUGAGGGUAAUGCUAACUCUUAAUGGCUAUAUUGUCAUUGUUUUAUGGUAUUUUGUGUUUUAUGUGUUUUUGUUUUUUAUUUGAACAAUGUGUCAAAAAUCAGCACCUUGGCCAACCAGCAAAUUUGACUUUGAAUUAGAACCAAAAAGUUUUUAUAAUCGUUGGAAAAGAAUACUGCUUACUCGUUUAGCCAAUGGGUAGGAUCUGACUUUUGCAUGACACUUCCACAAGCACACAUUUCAAGAAAGAUUUUUGACUGGUUGUUGAUGGAAGUGCACUUAUAGUGUUUGAGCUUGUUAAAAAGAAAAUGAAUGAUUUCAUUACAUUCUCCCCUUUGUAAAACCUGCCCUAAUUUGUUUUGUAAGGUUUUUACAUGGGCUGUAAAUAUUUGCCUUGCUUUUGCAGAGCAUUGUUGCGGUGGUUGAAGGUUUCUGUGUUGUAGAGGACACAAGUUUUUUCUAGUUGAUUUAGAAAUAAUUGAACAAAAAAAAUGGGAGAAAAAUGGAAGACAAACUUUAAAUACGAACCCACAGCUGCUUGGUAUGAUUUGCUUUUAGGAUGGAGAAAAGUAAAACUUCAAAACUGGUGCAAGGGAGGUCGUUUGGCCUUCUUGUGGGAAGAUGUAACUGUUUGCAAUGAAAGGUGAAAAUGUUGUUUUAUUUGUAUAUUAGGUCUAUUCAGAUGUCAGUGAUAGAGCAUUUCUCCGAAAAUGGAGAGAGGCGAUCUUGAAUGUGAUGAAGUUCUAGAGUUUCCUGUGCAUAUGAAGUUAACGUAACUGGAUAAACAAAGUAGAGACAGGAGUUGUUGUCAGUGUUAGUGUAUGGUAUCACAUAGAAGUUAUUAUUGAAGUCUUAAUUAUAUUCAGUACUGUCCUAUUCAGACUGCUCUUUGUUUUCAGCUGCAGCUGGUUGCUUGUGUAGCUAGGAAGUUAGAGAUUGUUAUGCUUGUAUAUUGCGGUGUGUGUAUCUACAGGUUUUUACUCGAAUCGCUGUGUUUUUACGUAUCCCUAUAUACCCACUUUGUAUAACCGUGUGUGUGUGUGUGUGUGUUUGUGUUGACCGAAAGUGUUUGUGUUACGCUUUGUCCUUCCGCUUUCUUUGUUGAUUAGGGGAUGGGAGCGGCUUUGUCAGAACUGAACUUAGCAUCCGUGUUGGUAGUUUCGUAGAACGAUUUUAUUCAAGGGUUUAUUUUAUUUUUGAUUUCCAUCUUGGGACAAGUGUUGUUGUCCUGCUUGGGACUCUGCUGCACCCGUUUCGGUUUCGUCUCGCCUGUCGCCUCACUUGACUCUAGGCCUUACCACGCCACGCCUCGUCCUGUCCAGUCUGCCUCUGCCGGACACCUGUAGCCUCUCGCCUGUAACCAGUGCUCACUUGAUCGCUCCUUGGUCUGUUCUCCCAUGCACUGAAACCCCUGUUCUACUCUGAAAAUAUCCAAAACAGAAAAGAAACAUAAAAUCGUAUAUAAUCAACCUCAACCAUUUUCUCAGGCUCCUUAAUUUCUUUCUUAAGAAGCUUGUUUGUUAUUCGAUUGGACAUAUAGUCAAAUGGUUUACCUACCUACCACUCUAGGUUGUCUUUGACAUUUGAGUUGGCAUCAUGGCAAAUAGUAGCCAUAAAUGGCAAAUGAGCGCCUUGUGACAGAAUGGUUAUCCCUCAGAUGUCUGAGGCGCUUCAGUUCUUUAGCAUGAGUGGACAGAGGACUCUUUCAGGGCAUGGGAACGUGACCGUAGCCAGUAAGGUGCACCUUUUGCUGACCUCCGAUGCUGUUAUUUGACAGCACUGCACCGCCUCUCCCCUAAAAAAGCCUUACUCAGCCUACUCACACCGGGGGAAUGAAGUACAUGUGGGUGCCAACAGCACGAGAGCUGCCUACUAUGAAUGUGCUAGAUCUAGCCCAUGAAACUGAAUGUUUACCGAAUGUAAUUCUUGCAACUGUUGGCCAUUUUGAAGGUCUGCUUCAACUUCUUUGCAUGAUUUUUGGUAUCAGUAGUGUGUUAUGCAGUCUGAUGUAGCGUAUAUCGGUGCUUCUUUAGAAUAAAAUAAAACAACAAACACCAAAGUAGAGACAAUGACCAGAUUUGCCUCUUCGUUUAUCCACUCUUGGCCUUUUUUUCCCUGUUCUUACCGAAGUGAAGUUAAGGAGAUGCUUUCUAAAUGUUUGAUGAUCCUGAACUAGAGCUCUUGAUACAGUGGUUUAUGACAUUACCAAAAAUACCACCUAUUUAGAGAAAGCUGUGACGAUUUUGAAAUGUUCUGAAGUGUCUUGACUAAUACAAAACAUCUCUUGCAUCAUAUCAUAUGAGAAUAGCUUCAACCCAGACGUACAAAAACACAUCUUGAUGAACAAAAAGCAAGACUGUUACGACUUCUGCUGUUGUUUGGUACCUUUUGGUAUCUUUGACACGUAACUGCAUUUCUGAGUCAGGAUUGGUUCGGUGGACUAAGUUACUAGUGUCCAGUGUUGGUUGUAGUUUCCGUGGUUUCGAACCGGGGCUCCCUGAUGAUGACUGGACAGAGGCCGCAACACCUCACUGAUUGUAUCCACGAUGGUGUGCACAGAACUGUACAGACAUGCAUGUUUUGGACUUUUUCUAGCUUGGUAGCUAUUGACGGUUUGUUCUCUUACUGGAUAACUUUGGUUUUUGAUUUGUUUUUUAACUCCUCAAAGGGUUGGAAGAUUGAUUGUUGGGUGGCCAGGUGUUCUGGUCCUGGGUUAUGCACUGCCAGUGACACGCCAUUAUUCCCCCAACACCACUACGCCAGACACAUCCACACUCUGACACUGUAAUAUAGGGCUGCACAUUAUUCGGCUUGAAUGAUUUUCUCCUACCCUUAACCUGAAGAUCUGUGUACCGGUGGCAGUGUUGUUGGUAUAUAUAUAUAUAUGAAUAUAUAUAUAUAUAUAUAUAUAUAUAUGAGUGUGGAAAUGGAGCAACAUUGAUGUUAGAAAUAUGGAGGGGUGCUUGUUUCAAAACAGGACAUGCUUGUGCUAUCUACAUCAAUUGUGUUGUGGCAGACUAGGUCUAAAUAUAGCCUGAAUAGCAGUGCAGCAUCCCAAAUACCAGUGCUUGUUUACUAGCAUGAAGACUGCCUUUGGGGAAAUGCAAUUUGUAUACACAUACACACACACACUCAUAGGCAAGCACCUACACUUAGCAGCCUCAUGCAUUUUUGCAUGUGUGUACACAAACACACUAUCAGCCACUCCUUCUCACACACACACACACACACACACACACACAAGUCUUAUGAUGGUACAAGGUGCAAUCUUGUGACAAUCUCCACCUUUAGGAUUGUUCCGUUUUUAUUCUGCUGUAAAGGUUUUUAGCAAUGCAGUUCUUUACUAACCCCUCCACUGUAGCUCACUGGCAAUACAUUACUGGAAGAGAUUAUUAUGGUGAAACCCAAUAAACUGCCUGAGGGUCA